UUCACAUUAAUUCAUAUAUGUAUGGCACUUUUGGAUGAAUUAUUGAAUGACCUGUUGCUGUGGGCUAGUGGUGUUAACUGUCAAGAGUCAAUGCCUUUUUCUUUGGCAGAAGCGCCUUUAAUCCUAGUUAGCAUGUGUGAAGAGGCCACUAACCAUUGAUGAUUAUCCUAGGACUCUCUCGUAGUAUUUCAAUACCGACACAGUUUCUCUUCUUUGUAAGGAAACCUUGUCAGUUCCACACAAUCUACAAACAUCAGCACAAGCUCUACAGUUCCAAAUCCUGCUCUUCAUACUCUGGUCUCUUACUGGGGAAAGACCCAACUGCCAUAUCCACUGCCCUUUCACUCUCUGAGAAUUCAAAAUCAUAUUUUCUCGGUACCCAAAUCCAUGGCCACAUAGUCAAGUUAGGACUUACUAGUGACAUUUUUUCUCAGAAUAAUCUUAUUAAAAUGUACUCAAAACUCGGGGUAUUUAGUUAUGGGCUUAAUGUGUUUGAUGAAAUGUUACAAAGAAACCUUGUUUCCUGGACUUUGAUAAUCUCGGGUGCCAUUCAAAAUGGUGAAUGCAUUCUGGGGUUGGAUAUUUUUUUGCACAUGAUAAGAAGUGGGUUGAGGCCAAAUGAGUUCACUUUGGGUAGUGUUGCAAAAGCGUGCGCUAUCAUUGGAACUUAUGAAUUUGGUUUGUGUAUUCAUAGUUUUGCUUUGAAAAUUGGGAUGGAGUGGAACCUGUUUGUUAUUAGUUCCAUCUUAAACAUGUAUGCUAAGUUGGGGGAUAUUGGAUCAGCUGAGAGAGUAUUUGUGUGUAUGGACAAGCUUGAUGUUGGUUGUUGGAAUGCUAUGAUAGGAGGGUAUGCAGAAUGUGGCUAUGGCUUUGAAGCAUUGAAGAUUGUAUCUUCGAUGCAAUGUAGGGGUGUAAGAAUGGACCAUAUCACCUUGGUUAAUGCUUUUAAGGGUUGCUCGGUUAUGGGAGAUUUGGAAUAUGGUAAACAACUUCAUGCAUUGCUCGUUAGGAGUGAGUUAGAAUCUAGUACUUCAGUGAUGAACGCUCUCUUGGAUAUGUACUUCAAAAAUGAUGGGAAGCAGUCUGCUCUGAAAGUUUUCAAUAGAAUGAAAAACAAAGAUGUUAUCUCAUGGAAUAUUGCAUUUGGGGGCUUUUCUGAGGAAGGAGAUGCAAGAGAAAUUGUAAUCUUAAUUAAUGAGUUAUUGCUGAUUGGAGUGAAGCCCAACAAUGUCACUUUCUCAAUCUUGCUUAGAAAAUGUGGGGAGCUCCUAGAUAUCAACCUUGGGCUUCAAUUUUUUUCACUUGCCUUACGUCUUGGAUUCUUAGAUGAAGUUAACGUCUCAAACUCACUAAUCAGUAUGUUCUCUAGAUGUGGGGCCAUGGGAAUGGCAUGUCUAGUAUUUGAUAGUGUACCUCUCAAAAGCAUAAUUACUUGGAAUGAGUUGAUUUGUGGUUACAAUUUAAUAUGUCAUUACACAGAAGCUCUAAAUAUUUUCUGUAGUUUGAGGGAGUUGGGAGUUGAGCCAGAUAGAUUUACCCUCUCCAGCAUUUUGGAGGCUUGUUAUAAAUGUGGAAACCAACAGAUGGGAAGACAAAUUCAUGGUUCUAUUGUGAAGCUUGGUUUUGCUUCUCAUGGAUAUAUCUGCAGUUCUUUAAUUAAAGGUUAUGUUUCAUUUGGGCUACUAGAUGACUCCUAUGAAUUUUUUAAUGGACUUGACAGAUUAGAUUUGGCAUCCUGGGGGGUGAUGAUAUCUACAUUGGUGCAUGAAGGCCAUAAUUAUGAAGCUAUGAGAUUCUUUAACUCUCUAAUAAAAUCUGGUGAGAAGCCUGAUGAGUUUAUUUUGGGAAGUGUUUUGAAUAGUUAUGCUGCUGUUGGAGCUUAUCAACAAACUCAGUCUGUCCAUCCACUUGUUAUAAAAAUGGGAUUUGACAAACAAGAGUUUGUUUCUAGUGCAGUUAUAGAUGCCUAUGCGAAAUGUGGGGAUAUUGAGGGCUCCAGGACAGUUUUUGACCAGUCAUUUAUAUCGAAUGAUGUGAUUAUAUAUAAUACUAUGAUCAUGGCUUAUGCCCAUCACGGUCUUGUUUUGGAAGCUUUGGAAAUAUUUAAGAAAAUGAAGUUGGCUAAUCUACAGCCCAACCAAGCCACAUUUGUAUCAAUUAUAUCAGCUUGUAGUCAUAUGGGUCUUAUUGAUCAAGGCCGUCUUUUGUUUGAAUCAAUAAAUUUGGAUUAUGGGAUGGAACCAUCUCCAGAUAAUUAUGGUUGCGUAGUUGAUAUGCUGUCACGGAAUGGAUACCUUGAAGAUGCGAAAAAUGUAAUAGAAAUGAUGCCUUUUCCUCCAUGGCCAGCUAUUUGGAGAUCCUUGCUUAGUGGUUGUAGGAUACAUGGGAACAGAGAGUUGGGAGAAUGGGCAGCUGGGAAGUUACUUAAGAUGGUCCCUGAGAAUGAUGCAGCAUAUGUAUUGUUGUCGAAGGUUUAUUCUGAAGGGGGUAGUUGGGAACAUGCUGCAAAGAUAAGAAGGGGUAUGAUCAAAAGAGGUGUCUCAAAAGACCCAGGAUAUAGUUGGGUUGAGAUAUAGUAAAAGCUUUGAUUUCCUUUGACAAAGAAGCUGUCGAAUGUUUCAGCUUUCUGAAUAGCUGCUUGGAUGCUGAUCCUUCAGAAACUUUGGGGAGAGAGAUUUUGAUUCCUUGUUCAUAUAAUAAAUGAAGCCUCAGGACAGCAAAGGAUAUCACCUUUUUGUUAUCGGCUUACUACGGCAAUAAUGCUGAUUUUUGAAUUUUCUUGGAAAAGCCCAUUUGAAUGCAGUAAAAGAAUUUAGGUUGUCUGGCAAUGAAAGUUUGGUUUCUGUUGGAUAUGAUUGAAUUUGGAUCCACAUAUCUAAAUUUGGAAUGCAACUUUCCAAGGCAUACCAGCCUAUAUUUCACUUCACAUGAUUGUUAUUUGCUAGUUCUUGUACAACAAAAGUUUCUUACA